AUGAAGGCGGCCGGGGCCGGAGAAUGGGGACGCGAGGCAUCAUUGGGAUCAGACCUGGGAAGCAUGAUGCAAGAGAAUGGACCCAGCGGUGGGAAGAUGAAGCGUAGAAAUGACGCGCAUUAUGUCCAUGACAGGAUGAUGGAUUCAUGGCUCGGGCCCUCAUGCAUUGAUGGCACCGCCUGGAAGGGCUGCCAACUCAUAGGUUGCAAUCCGGGUCCCAACGUCCAAUCAGCUGCUACAUCGGGCAGUAUCGCUAAGGACGAUCGAUCGAUUUGGCCGCAGAUUCAGCACAGGCUCCCAGUCGUUAAUAUUUCGGUCAACCAGAACCAGGAGAGCAACUUCACGGAACUCAACGAGAGACCGUGUGGGGACUCGGUACUAGACAGGGAAUUGUGGGGCUUCAUCGGAACCGGCCAGAGCCGUCACACCCGGAGUACGGGCCAACCGACUGUCUGUGAUACUGUCUGUCGGCAGAGCGUCAUAGUGAUGAAUCUGAUAACCAAAUCAUUGUUGGGAUGCGAGCUCAGCCUCUUGGCAGCUUUCUACGUUGUAGUUCUAUUCAUCGGUCCAAGCGUCUACAACCUACCCUUAUGCAACGACACGCAUCGAUUGUCGUCCGUCGUACAAACGAUGGUAUUAUAUGUAGUUAGUUGCCGUUUGGAUACGGGCCAUAUCCAACGGUCCGGCGCCAGUCCAGAGUCCUCUCAUUUUAAGUGUGACAACCGGGUUGGUGAUUGGCUCCACUCGGACUAG